UAAGGUGUUUCAGAAUUAGAUUUGAUUUAAUCCUGGUGAUGUACUUUGUAAAUACGUAAAUGGAGACACCAUAAAUCUAACAUUAUAAUAUAUAUACAAAGUUGGUCAUGUUAGAUAAAACUUUUCAAUUUGAUUUCAUACACUUAGGAGGUACGUAAUAGUCCUUGGAUUUAUCAACAAUGAUUGUAAUAUGUUGUUUUUAGAGGCAGGGCAUUUCCAUGCAUACUUCAUAGUAAUUUUAAUGUAAACAACAUCACCAGUAAAAAUUGUAUAGAAGAGAAUGGGUUGUGGAACUUCUGUUAAUUCUGUCGUACCUUUACAAUACUUCGAAAACCAAAACGGAAGUGCACUGAGGAUUAACUGUCCUGGCAGCGACAUUUUAGAUUACGUAUCCACAGAGGAGAUUAAAGAGGCGGAUGAGCGUGCUGAACAGUUGAAUCUUUCCGAAACAUCUAUAGAUAUUUUGUCAGAAAACUUGUGCCAAAAUACCAAGAACAAAGUAAUAUGUGUUAGGUUAUUCUUCAAAUGGAUUGUGAACAAUAUUAGAUAUGACCCAACUUCUCAAUGCACGGACGUCAACAGUAUACUUAACAGCAAAAGAGGCUCGUCAGAGGGUUUUGCUAAUUUAUUUGAACACAUGUGCAGUUUUAAAAACAUAAAGGUGAUAAGACUUAACAGUUGUGUAAAAAGAUACAGUUUUAUCUUGGAUAAUGAAAAAAUUGACAACAAAUAUAAUUUGCACGUGUGGAAUGCUGUUCUCAUUGACAAUAUUUAUCAUCAUGUGGACUGCACGUGGGCUGCGCUUCCAGUUAGUGACCAGAAAUAUGGUAACCCAUAUACUGAAAGUACAGAACAGUUCUUUUUUACAUCUACGGAUGUUAUUGGAGAUCUCUGUUGACAAAAAUCAAUGAAAUUGAACAUAAAUUA